CUCCUCGCUCCGCCAUUUCGGUUUUUUUAAGUUUCUGUGAGAACUUCUGGGAUAAUAUUUAAAAUAACCGGACCACAUACGCUGAAGAUUUGAGUCGUUAUUUACUUCUGAGUCUGAGACCGAUCUUUUUUUACUUCCGUGGGGACCCAGAAUUUUUACUUUUAAGAAACGGGCAACAACAAAAAAGAAACCGUGGUGCGGAUGUCGUGCAUUUUCUGAGCGUGUUCCACAAGGAGCCAAAGUUUUUUGUAUGAGUUGAAUCCUGGUUGCGGAUAGGGAGAGGCGAAGGAAGGCCUUGAAGCCUCGGUGUUGGAGUGGCAGCCAUGGCCGGUAAUUUUGACGCCGAGGACCGCGGGAGUUGGUACUGGGGGAGACUGAGCCGUCAGGAGGCGGUUUCCCUUCUCCAGGGACAGAGACACGGCGUGUUCUUGGUCAGAGACUCGAUCACUUGCCCCGGCGACUACGUGUUAUCCGUGUCCGAGAAUUCAAAAGUCUCGCAUUAUAUAAUCAACAGCAUCAGCAACAACCGACAAUCCGGCACAGGAUUGGCUCCUCCACGUUUCCGCAUCGGGGACCAGGAGUUUGAUGCCCUCCCCGCCCUGCUGGAGUUCUACAAGAUCCACUACCUGGACACCACCACUCUGAUCGAGCCCAUCAGCAAGGCUAAGAACUCGGGCUUCGUCAGCGCCAGCGCCGGCGGCCCCCAGAGGCUGGAGGAGGCGGAGUACGUGCGCGCGCUCUUCGACUUCCCGGGCAACGAUGACGAGGACCUGCCCUUCCGCAAGGGCGACGUGCUGCGGGUGCUGGAGAAGCCGGAGGAGCAGUGGUGGAAUGCGCAGAAUUCGGAGGGCCGCGCCGGGAUGAUCCCCGUGCCCUACGUGGAGAAGUACCGGCCCGCCUCCCCGACCUCGGCCGGCUCCGUCACGGCGGGCCCCGGGGGGUCGGCCCCGCCGGGCAGCGCAGACGGGACGGGCGCUCAGCCCGCCACGCUGAUGGGCGAGCCGGGCCAGUACGCCCAGCCCAGCGUCAACACGCCCCUCCCCAACCUGCAGAACGGACCCGUCUACGCCAGGGCCAUCCAGAAGAGGGUGCCCAACGCCUACGAUAAGACUGCCCUCGCUCUUGAGGUGGGCGACAUGGUGAAGGUGACGAAGAUCAACGUGAACGGCCAGUGGGAGGGCGAGUGCAAGGGAAAGCGUGGCCACUUCCCCUUCACACACGUCCGGCUACUGGAUCAGCACACCCCCGAGGACGAGCUGAGCUGAGACCAGCACGCACGCACGCACGCAUACACACACACACACCCACACACACCCUCUGCAGCACCCGGCUCCAGUCAUCAUCCCCCAAUUUCAGUCCGUGUCUUCACGGUCAGAUGGUGCCAUUUAGUCGUCUUCUUUCAUAGACAUCAUUCAUCAAAGCACAUAACCCCCCCCCUCUUCUGCCAUGUGCCAUUCCAGUAUUCAGUCUCUACACCCCCCGGGUGUUUAAGACACACCCACUCUGCUCUAUUGAUAAAACCUCCCAGUGCCCAGCCCACACGCAUACAUACUUACACAUACAAACAUCCACAUUCAAGAUAAUGACAGUUGCACAUAUUCACCCCGUGCCCUCUCCUCUUAUAUACUGUAUAUACUCACAGAAGCCGUGUACCCUCUCGCCCUCUGCCAAACACAGUCAAAUUGAUUAGGGAACUUGUGCACAUACACACAUACAGAGACUGGCCAGUGGUGUGUGUAACCGGGACAGACGGACAGCUAGCUCGUCAUCAACGUGUGAGCCAUGGAGAGUGAUGAGGAGGUGGUCACUUUGCCCAGAAACACGUCUGUGCGCCCCUCGCCGAAAACGGACCACUACAUCACAGGAUCUGCGCCAAUGCAGCAGCAAGACCACUGGGGGGUGCCAGAGAGCGCUACAGUCUACACUACAGUCUACACUACAAGUUACAAACCAAGUUGAA